CGGUUUGCUCGCGGUCCCGAUUUCAAAAUGACAACCAUGUUGACCUGCGCAGUUAAGACCCUCCCUGCAGUCUUUCCAUGGGCCACUAGAAUCUCGGUGAGGUCCCUCAGCUGUUCGCCUCAAUUACACGCAGCAGCUCAGCCCAAGAGUAAGAAAACAUUAGCCAAAAAUGGGGUGAGGAACAUCGUGGUGGUCGACGGCGUCCGCAUUCCGUUUCUGCAGUCGGGAACAUCGUACGCCGACUUGAUGCCGCACGACUUGGCCAGAGCUGCGCUGAAAGGCUUGUUGGACCGGACCGAUGUGCCGAAGGAGGCGGUCGAGUACAUUGUGUUUGGCACUGUCAUCCAGGAGGUGAAAACGAGCAAUGUGGCCCGGGAGGCGGCCCUGGGAGCCGGCUUCUCGGACAAAACCCCGGCGCACACAGUCACCAUGGCUUGCAUCUCUUCGAACCAGGCCAUGACCACAGGCGUCGGCCUCAUUGCCUCUGGCCAGAUGGACGUGGUGGUCGCUGGCGGCGUUGAGCUGAUGUCAGACGUGCCCAUCAGGCACAGCCGGAAGAUGAGGAAGACCAUGCUCGGCCUCUCGCGGGCCAAGAGCCUGAGCCAGAAGCUCUCGCUGCUCUCCAGAAUCCGUCCUAAUUUUUUGGCUCCGGAGCUCCCGGCGGUGGCCGAGUUCUCCACCAACGAGACGAUGGGCCAUUCGGCCGACCGCCUGGCAGCCGCCUUUGCCAUCUCGCGCUUGGAGCAGGACGAGUUCGCCCUGCGGUCCCACAGCCUGGCCAAGAAGGCGCAGGACGAAGGGCUCCUCACAGACGUUGUGCCGUUCAAAGUGCCAGGCAAGGACACCAUCAUGCGGGACAACGGCAUCCGCCCGUCCUCGCUGGAGCAGAUGGGCAAGCUGAAGCCUGCGUUUGUCAAGCCUUACGGGACUGUCACUGCCGCCAACUCCUCUUUCUUGACUGACGGUGCAUCGGCGGUCCUGUUGAUGUCCGAAGAGAAGGCUCUGGCGAUGGGGUACAAGCCGAAGGCCUACCUCAGGGAUUUUGUGUACGUGUCCCAGGACCCGAAGGACCAGCUCCUGCUCGGGCCCACCUACGCCACCCCCAAGGUCCUGGAGCGGGCCGGCCUCACGCUGGCGGACAUCGACGUCUUUGAAUUCCACGAAGCGUUCGCAGGGCAAAUCCUGGCAAACCUGAAGGCCAUGGAUUCCGACUGGUUCGCCCAGAACUGCAUGGGCAGGAAAGCCAAGGUCGGCGCCCCCCCGCUGGAAAAGUUCAAUAAGUGGGGCGGGUCCCUGUCGCUGGGACACCCCUUUGCUGCCACCGGCUGCCGCCUGGUGAUGACGACGGCCCACCGGCUGAAGAAGGAGGGCGGCCAGUACGGCCUGGUGGCGGCGUGUGCCGCAGGCGGGCAGGGCCACGCCAUGAUCGUAGAGCGUUACCCCCAGUGAAGGCCCGAAGGACCGGGGCGCCGGCCUGGGACCCGCCUGCCACCACCCUCGCUGCCCAAGAGCUCGGGUCCAAAUCUGUCUGCCGUCCUUUUUGCGGAGGACUCCCAGUGGCCUUGUGAACACGUCCUUGUAGCCAGUGAAGCUGAUUCCACAGUCGGUAGAUGUUCCCUCAGGUGAUCCAGCCGGAGUGCAGAAUUCCUGCCAUUUAUCCGUCAUGGAAUGGCAGGCCGCUUUUUCCUUGCAAAACCUGGGUUAGUUUGUGGAGCGCUGCAGUGCUUAAAAGCAGGAGGCUUCCUGGUUCGGUUUUUUUUAAGAGAAAAUGCGCGUGGAGGGUGCUAUGUGAUGGAAGCCGCUCUCUCUGAGCAGCACCGAAGAGGCGCAGAGGAGGGGGACUGUCGGCAGCGUUCGGUGCGUGGCCGGUUGCCGCAUGCCAGCCUUAAUAAAUGCGAAGAAAAC